AUGGUUAAGCAACAGAGUGGGUGCGGAAAGAAGAGAAAAGAAAAGCAGCAGAGUGGAUCGUUUGCAUCAAGAUUCGGAUUUGUUACGACAUUGGAGCGUGUAUAUCGUAUGGUGGACGAUCAGAGGCGUGCCUACAGCCCCCAAAACUCUUGGCACGGCACUGUGGACGAUCCAUCAACGGAUUCAAUCAUCUCUUGGAGUGAAAGCGGCAAGAGUUUCAUCGUCUGGGAUCCAACCGAGUUUUCCAGAGAUUUUCUACAGAGAACCUUUCAUCACAACAAAUUCUCGUCGUUUAUCGACAGGCUUGACUUUUACGGGAUUAAGAAAGUUGAGUCUUCAGAGCAUUGUGAAUUUGCAGAUGAAGACUUUGUGAAAGGUGAACCUGAGCGUGUUAUGAAAAUCUAUGCCCGUGGUUCAGAUUCCGAUGAUGAUUCAGAUGAUGAAGUGACUGUCCUGAUGAAUUCUGAAUCAAAAGUCGUUACCAUCACGAAGACUGUCUCCAUGAAGAAGACGACGAAGAACAAAAAGACUAUUAUGAAGAAAAAGAAAGCAAUUGCGGAUGAGUUGCAAGUUUUGCAAAUUUGAAUUAAAAAGCAACAAGAUAUGCGUGUCAGCGUAACUCAUGGUUUGGAAUAUUGCCUUGUAUUUAUAUUAUACGUCGACUGACAACAAAACAUAUCGUUCUUAGUCUUUACUAUUAAAAGAAUUCUGAAUA